AAGUCAAAACAAAUGAGUAAAGCAAAAUGAAUUAUCAGUUAUCAUAUCAGUUUCUCUAAAUUAAUCAAUUAUAAUAUAAAAAUAAAUAUACUUCAUAAUUCAUAAUUAUUGUGAAUGAUUAAUGUUAUAUAAGAAUAAGAGUGUAUUGAUAGUAAUCAUAUUAAAGAUAAUUAAGAAUUAAUUUAUAUAAAUAUAAUAUGCAUGGUUACGCACGACACAUGCACAUGGUUUACUUAAUUUAUUUGAAAAAUAUUUAAAUAAGUUAAUUAAGUACCUAAGAUAAUGGAUAAAUCUUUAAAACAAAAGAAAUUAAAGAACGUAACUCGGGAAGAACUCAAUAAUAUGGAUAAAAAUGUCUUAGUGGACAGAAUAUUGCAAUUAGAGGCUCAUAAUUCACAAUUAAAAAAUAUCAUAAGCAAGAAAUUAACAAAUGACACAGAAAACUGUUCAGAAGUUAACAAGAAAAUGUUUGAUUUCAAUAAAUGCCACUAUCGCAGAGUUCUCUUAAGAAUUCUUUAUUUUGGUUGGAAGUACCAAGGUCUAGCAGUACAAGAAGAUUCUACACAAACAAUUGAACAUCACUUAUUUCAUGCCUUGAUAAAGUCUUGCUUGAUACAAAGCCGUGAAACAUCUCAGUAUCACAGAUGUGGUCGGACAGAUAAAGGUGUUAGUGCUUAUGGUCAGGUGAUAUCAAUUUCCCUUCGAAGUAAGCAUCCACCAGAAAAACAACACCUACCUGAAUCUAUAAAUUCAGAAAUGCCAUACUGUAAAAUGCUGAAUCGACUCCUGCCAAAGGACAUUCGUGCAGUUGCUUGGAUGCCGAUACCAGACGACAAAACUGAUUACAGUGCCAGGUUUAAUUGUAAAAAACGUCAAUACAAGUACUACUUCCCCCGGUCAAAUCUUGAUUUAGACAGUAUGCGGGAAGCUUGUACUCAUAUCAUUGGAACUAAAGAUUUCCGUAACCUAUGUAAGAUGGAUGUAGGCAAUGGAGUCACUGAAUUUUAUCGAGAAAUUCUCAAAGCGGAAAUAGUGCCAGUUGAUGAAAAGGAUGUUAAAGAACCGACAUCUAUGUACUACCUAGUAAUAGAAGGCAAUGCUUUUUUAUGGCAUCAGAUCCGUUGCAUCAUGGGCCUGUUGCUGUUAAUUGGCCAGGGGCACGAGAAACCCGAUAUUAUGACUGAAUUGCUAGACAUUGAGAAGAAUCCAAGAAAACCUCAGUACAACAUGGCGUUAGAUGUCCCAUUAAAUCUUUUCCACUGUAGCUACGAUUUAGAGAAUACCAGCGAAUGGGUUUAUCAUGAGGACGAAUUAAGAUUAGUUAUAGCGACGUUGCAAGGAGAUUGGACUAUAAAUCGAAUAAAAACAACUAUGAUACGGGACACUAUUCAACACUUAGAAGGAGAAUAUGUCAAACUUAAAGAUAAAAACGAAGGGAAUACAAAUGACAAAAUAGAUGGUGUCAUGGCGUAUACUGAUUGCUUACUUCAAGGCGUUAAACCUAAACUGUACACUCCGCUGUUAAAACGAGAAACUUGUUCGAGCUUGGAAGAAAGAAUUGAAUACUAUAAGAAGAAAAGAAAACUCAUUACUAGCGAAGUUGCUGAAUGAAUAUGAUAUGCGUAGCAAUUGAGUAGUAAAUACUUUAUCGGAUUUCCGUUUGGUUUUUUACUUUUUAAUAACUGCAAGAGAACUAUGACGUCCUUUAAUGACGAAAAAUAAAAAAUUUGAUACAGCAGCUCAUAAAUACAUACAUACAUAUAAUCACGCCUCUUUCCCGUAGGGGUAGGCAGCGACCACUUCUUUCCACUUGCUACGAUCCUUACAUACUUGUUUCUCUUCGUCCACUUUCAUUAUUCUCUUCAUAUCACUAAUCAGCUGGUGAUCCUUGAGGAUCACCAGCUGAUUAGUGACCGCCAAUACGGUUUUCGUCGGUGUCGAUCAGCUGGUGAUCUUCUUGUCUACCUGACCCAUAGAUGGGCGGAGGCAGUAGAGUCCAAGGGGGAGGCGUUGGCCGUUAGUCUGGACAUUGCGAAGGCCUUUGAUCGGGUUUGGCACAAAGCGCUUCUUUCAAAGCUGCCUUCCUAUGGGCUUCCCGAGAAAUUGUGCAAUUGGAUCACCAGCUUUCUUGCAGAUCGGAGCAUCAAGGUCGUUGUAGACGGUGCAUGCUCUGACUACAAGCCUAUUAACGCUGGUGUUCCACAAGGCUGUGUGCUAUCACCAACGCUGUUUCUUCUGCAUAUCAAUGAUAUGUUGCUAACUGGUAACAUUCAUUGCUAUGCGGAUGACAGCACUGGUGAUGCUCUAUACACCGGCCGGGCCAAUAUUUCUCGGGAAAACGUCGCCGAGUACCGGAACAAACUUGUGUCUGAAGUCGAGUCUUUGCUGGACAAAGUCUCGGAUUGGGGGCGACUAAAUCUAGUCCAGUUUAAUCCUCAGAAGACACAAGUUUGCGCGUUUACCGCUAAAAAGAACCCCUUUGUCGUAUCUCCUCAGUUUCAAGGCACUCCCCUUCUUGCCUCAGCCAGUAUCGGUAUCCUCGGAGUCGACAUAUCGAGUGACGUGCAGUUUCGUGGUCACUUGGAAGAGAAGGCCAAAUUGGCCUCUAAAAAGCUUGGCGUGCUCAGCAGAGCGGGACAGUAUUUCAUGCCGGCACACCGCCUGCAACUUUACAAGGCGCAGGUUCGGCCUCACAUGGAAUACUGUUCCCAUCUCUGGGCAGGGGCUCCCCAGUGCCAGCUCCUUCCACUUGACCGCAUCCAGCGCAGAGCGGCUCGAAUCGUCGACGACCGAGCCCUUUCCGAUCGGCUCGAUUCAUUGGCACUGCGAAGAGAUGUUGCAUCUCUUUGCAUUUUCUUUCGCAUCUACCAUGGGGAGUGCUCUGAGGAAUUGUUCGGAUUAAUCCCAGCCGCCAAAUUUCACGAACGCACAUCGCGGCAGAACUCCCGAUACCAUCCACACCAUCUGGAUGAUUGGCGGUCCACCACUGUGCGAUUUAGAAGAUGUUUUCUUCCUCGCACAACUUCCUUGUGGAAUAGUUUACCACCAGGGAUUUUUCCGGACCGAUAUGACUUAGGGACCUUCAAGAAAAGAGCCUACUCCUUUUUAAAAGGCCGGCAACGCAUCUGCAAUUCCCCUGGUGUUGCGGUUGUUCAUGGGCGGCGGUAGUCACUUACCAUCAGGUGAGCCGCAUGCUCGUUUGCCCCCUCUCAUAU